GGCUCCGCCCCUGGAACUUCCUCUUUCUCUGUGUUCCUUUCUCCCUCUCUCAGUCUCUCCUUCUCUCUCUCUUUCUCUCUCUCUCUCUUACGGCCUCUGUCUUUCUGAUUGUCUCCCCUACUGCCAACACCUCUUCCUGUCCCGUCCCUCCCACUGGUGGCUCACCACUCUGUGCGAAGAUGUCGGCCCAGGACAGAUGCCUCAGCCUCAUCAAGUACCUCCUCUUCGUUUUCAACCUCUUCUUCUUCGUCCUAGGCGGCCUUAUUUUCUGCUUCGGCAUCUGGAUACUCAUCGACAAGACCAGUUUCGUGUCCUUUGUGGGCUUGUCCUUCAUGCCCCUGCAGAUCUGGUCCAAGGCCCUGGCCAUCUUAGGAAUCCUCACCAUGGGCCUGGCCCUCCUGGGCUGUGUGGGGGCCCUGAAGGAACUCCCCUGCCUCCUAGGCCUGUACUUUGGGAUCCUGCUGCUCCUGUUUGCCACGCAGAUCACCCUGGGAAUCCUCAUCUCCACUCAGGGGGGCCGGCUGAAGCGGAGAGUGAAGGACAUCGUCCUGGAGACUAUCCAGAACUACCGCACCAACCCGGAGCAGACUGGGGCCGAGGAGAGCUGGGACUUCGUGCAGUUUCAGCUGCGCUGCUGCGGCUGGUUCUCUCCUCAGGACUGGUACCGCGUCCCCAGCCUGAGCAGCAACGAGUCGGCGGCGCGCCACGUGCCCUGCUCCUGCUAUAACUCAUCGGGCGCCAACGACUCCGCAACCUUGGAAAAGAUCUCCUCCUCCCAGUUCAGCCGGCCUGGACCACUAGCGCGGCAGCGACACAGUACAGACCGUUGCGUGGUCCCUGCCAACGCCUAUAUCUACAGUGAGGGAUGCGAGCGGAGCCUCGAAAAGUGGUUGCACAACAACCUUAUCUCCAUAGUGGGCAUCUGUCUGGGCGUCGGUCUACUCGAGGUGAGUGUGGCGGGGCUGAGCCUGCUGCCCCCGCGCGGCGCGCUCUGCCGGGAUGCCCAGCCGCAGGUCCUGGGGGCUAACGGUUCGAGCCCCGAGCCCGGCCUGAGCGCUGAUGGCGGCGGCGGGCGCUGUGGUGCGCUGAGCAGCAGCGGGCGUAGCGGCAGUAUGUGGGGUGGCUGGGGCAUGGCAGAUGCCUGCCCCAACUGGGGGGACAAGGCCCCGCAGGGCAAAUUGCCCAUGUCCCUGGGGCCCUGGCCGCUUUGGGAUCAAGACGAGGAACAGCCUGAGACCGGGACCGGGAGCGCGGGCGCAGAGGUGGAGGCCGAGGUGGAAUUGGAGGCCGAGGUGGAAGGGGAGACAGAUGAGCCUCCGGAAUAAAGGACCCUGGGCUUGCUCUGGAUCUCACUCCUUCCCAGACUCCAGACCUGCGCUAGACGCAGCUGGGUUCCCCUUGACCCCUCACUGUUCCCCUUCCAGCUCCUGCUGUG